AUGGCGGCAUGGAUAGCCCAAGACCCUCCACCCCUGACCGGGCCCGCGUCCAAUAGAUUCACACGCCUCUUGGUCUUCCGGGAUCAUGGCGAGAUCUACCUGAUCGUUGCGAGUUUCAAUGCCGAGUACGUCGAGUACAUCUGUGCUCGCAGUGUUCGAAGAGUAACCAAGGAUUUAUUUCUCGAGCUGAACGAGUAUGGCCCGUUCUUCGUCAAAGACUCCAAGCACAUGAAGCAGUUGGGAACGAUCCGUCUGGCCGUCUCGAUUCAAGGCGGCUUAUAGUGCGUGUGCUUCUUCGCCAGGCCCACAGCUUUUGUUCAAGAUGAUGAUUUCGGCCCCAUCAGAUAGACAGUUUGGCGAUGACCUCUCCAGCGUGCAAGGCGUAUUCGGUUUCCGGUGUUAAGGGCGUAACUCCUACGAUGAACUGCUCUUGGCUAUCUUAUCAUAAGCACUCCUGAACAUGUAGGUUCCCUAUAGCAAUUGCUUUAAUAAAUUCACAAAGUCGGUCUAAUCUUGCGCUCAAUCAUUUUUGGCGUUUAUUGCUGGACUUGCAGGAUGGGAUAACAUGUAAACCCGAU